AUGAUAGUUAUCAUCUACCUGGUGCAGUGCUUCGGCUUGAUAGACCUGAGGAAGGUCUUGUGCUUCCGAGCAUGUCUGGGGAGACCGCGAGAGCAUGUGUCCUCCUCCAAGCCCUCGGGCAGUGACCUCAACUCAACGGACGACUCAACUCACACCGACAACCUCGAGAGCUUCAAGGACUUUGGGGUGGAGGAUGGGCUCGAUAAGGGGCAGGAGCGUCUGCGAGGCUUCCUUGAGACAGAUUCAGGGUCGGAGAGGAACGAGAGCUUCUCUCGUCCUAUGAAGAGCGAGCUUCAGCAGGAGGAUAUCUUCCCGAAGAUACCUCCCAGACAGCCCAUGGCGAGCGACCUGUCGCAAGGGUCCGACAGCAGCUUCACCCACAUGCUCCAACCCAAGUUGUUGGACAGGUCCGAUGACGCAGAGUCCGAGGAUGACAUGCUCAACCUUCUGACCUUAGCCAGGAAGAAGUCCCUGCUGCCCGACCAGUCCAGGCUCGUCCAAGAGGAGCCCCACGCCGACCUCCAUGGCAGUCUCUACUCGCCGACGGCAGAGUCGGACUACAAGUCGAUGCGCACAGAAAGCACAGCGUCCGGGGACUACCAUCCGCUGCGGGAUGCAGUUCUGGAGCGGCUGGAGGAGGAGGGAGGGGAGGAUGCAGAGUCGGAUGUGUACGUGCUGUCCAAGAUGCAUGCGAGUCGUGGCAGAGAGACAUCCACGCUCAACGAGAGCGUCCAAACAGACUGCGAUGCGGAGUUUGACGAGCAGGCAGACUUGAAGAGCGAGUCAGCCGCAGGGACGUUGCGGUCGAGCAGCUUCUUCCCCAAGACGCACGAGCUGAACCUGCGAAUCAUUCGAGCGCAGCUUUCAAAGAUGAAGGACCUUGACCCGCCGGAUAGAGUGAGGAGCUCGCCGAGGACGGUAGAGUCCAGAGGCUCUCUACCGCGAGGGGCCAGCAGGGCGAGCGACGUCCCGUCAUUGGACAUGAUGCCCUCGACCCAUGUGCGAAGGAACCGCACGACGAGUCCCCGAGCAGCUCUCCUGCUCUCCGAUCAGCUGCACGCACUCUACUGGGCGGCGACGAGCGGAGGGAGCGACUCUCGGCCAGGCACUCAUCGCCUCGUCACCCCGAGGCAGGCCUCCCCCCUCACAGACUCAGACUCGAGGAGGAGUCAGACCCUCUCCCGCGCUGACAUGCUCGCUGCGCUGGCGUCGAGGGUCCUCACCCCAAGAAGCGCUCAGAGCUCCGCUCGAGGCCCCGCUCCGCAGCUUGCUGCCCCGUCGGAGGGGUUGGAGGGCAGCACUCCUCGCAGCGGGUCGAUGCACUGGUCUCAGAUCGCGGAGGAGAACCAGAGGUCGCAGAGGAGCGAGAGGUCGAGCAAGAACGUGUUUGUGCAGAGCCAGAUGUCGAGGCAGAGAGGCGGAGGGGCACAGGCGUGA